AUGACAGACUCAACAACCACCCGCAAGCGUCAUGCCUUUACCGGUUCGUGCCACUGUGGAGAUAUCUGGUACAUCGCUCACCUCAACUUCCCACACGACCCGCCUCCUUAUCCACGGGCUGGCGAGGCUCUGUACCGCUGCAAUUGUACAAUCUGCCACAAGGCCGGACUCUUCCACGUCCGCCUCGACUCAGCUCCGGAUGACUUUCUCCUCCUCUCGCCUCUCGACCCAUUCAAAAACCUGGGCGAUUAUCAGUGCGGCCAGAAGAUUCUGCACUUCUUCUUCUGCCGCACCUGCGGAGUUCGCUGCUUCACCUUUCUCGGCGAGGGUGAGAACGUCGACGUAAACUUAGACGCGGUUCUGGGAAAGAAGGGCGAGCAAGGGGAAACUGGGACUACUACUGUCAAGGCCUGGAGGCCUAAAAAGGACGGCUGGAAGGAUGAUCGAGUCAAGAACGGCGGGUAUCUGAGCGUCAAUGCCAAUACACUUGACCAGAUGCAGGACGGACUCGAUAUACGUGAAUGGUGUGAGAAAGGCUGGAUGUAUUAUAUCGAGCAGUUGAAUCCCGACGAGAAUGGGGCCGAGCAGAUGUCGUACGAUCGGCCAUUUCCUGGUGGUAUGUACUAG